AUGAAGAGAAAAAGAAAUUACAACGAGGGAAACAAUUUAAACGCCCCACCUAAGAAACACAAAAAGGCGUCGCAUAGCAAAAUUAAGUAUGAUAUAUCUGCUGAGCAAGAAAAGGAUAAUCGGUUAUUAUCGUACCUGUCGAAGAAGUUGAAGAUUAGCAACAAGGAUGAUGGGAAAAGUAACGAGGAAAAAAUUUUUAAGCAGUUGGAGAAGGACGGAUUUGACUCGAAUUUGUUAAAAUUGACAGACCUCAUAUUUGGCGAAUUUCAGAAAAGUUAUAAGAAAAAAUGUAAAAACGGUAACAAUGCCCUUCGGGGGGGGGAUGACACACCGGGGAGGUCCUCUGAGGAAGAGGGGGUUCUAAGCGAAGGUCAAGAUAAUGCACCAAGCGAGAAAGACACGGAGAAAAAAGAGAAGCAAAAGAAGAGGCAAAACGAGAAUCAAAAGGAUAGGAGGAGCAAGAAGAGGAGUCACACAGGGCUAACGCAAAGCGAAGGGAAGAAAGCCACUAAAGCGGAAGAAAAGAAAAAGAAAAAGGCACCCAAUUAUCCCGAAGAAGCGAAAGAUAGAGAAAUUUCUCGUGAUUUCUCUGAACAAAACGUCCGAGUUUAA